GGUGCGCGUGGCGUCACUAUGGAAAUGUUGGGUAAACAGGAAGCGGUGUACCUGUAAGUUUCUUUCGACAACAACACAAACUGUAAUAAACUUGAAAACAUUUCGUGUUAAACAUGGCACUUACGGUGAUUUCUGCGAAAUACCCGCCACACAUUGACCCAACAAAAACACCAUUGGCCUAUGGGGACAGAGCUUUACCAAGACUAAAUAGGGAACUAAAUGAUGAGAAUUUGAUGACAAGACAAAGGGCUGUUAUGUCACUCUGUGACCACUUGCAUGACCCUGAACACAUUGCAGAAGCUUUAAAAGUUGGGAUAGCAGAAAGUCUAAAAAAGUUGCUAACAGAUGCAGAUAUCACUGUCCGACAAAAAUCAACAGAGUGCUUGUAUGUUAUAGGAUGUCAUGCUAUUGGAAGAGAUGCAUUUAUUGAACAUAAUAUAAUUCCACCAGUAUCAAAAUUAUUUGAUGAUAAAGUUGAUGUUGCCAGGAAAAAUGCUCAUCAAGCUAUUGAAAUGAUUUCUGAAACACCAUUAGGUGCUGAGGGUAUUGUUAAAGCUGAUUUGAUCGGAACUUUAGUCAUGAAGUUAAAAAGUGAAUUGGAAGAAAUAAAGAAACUUAUAUUAGACACAUUACAUUUCUGUAUGCGUGUGGACACAGAAAAAGCCCUGAAAGCAGAUGCAAUGCAAGUGUUUACCUCCCUUCUUUCACACAAAGAUCCAGCCAUCAGGGCUUGUGCUGCACGGGACAUCAUGGAUCUCAGUGCUCCUCUAGAUGGAAAGAACAAGGCUGUAGAAGUGAAUGCUGUACCAGCACUGGUUGGUCUGCUGGAAGACAAAUCGCCUGAUGUUAAAGCUAAUGCAGCGGGAGCUCUUAUGAUAAUCACAAUAACAACAAAAGGGAAAGCUUUAACAUGUUUAUCAGAGGCUCCAGAAGGCAGAAGUACACUGUUACAACAUGUUGACAAG